AACUAGGUGGGAUCUCAAACCAAUUUCAUGUUUUAAAAAUUCUUUUCGGUUGGGAUUAUUAAUGUCACGAAUUCACGGGGACUUUCUUCAGCUUCCUAUUUAUACAUACACUUCCAAUUGCAAAUACACAAGUCAUCUUCUCUCUCUUUUUUUAGUGUGUGCAAAGUCAUCUUCUCUUUUAAUAUUUACCUAAAAUUCCAAACAAAAGAGAAAGUUAUGAAACCAAAGAGCAAAGUUGCAGAAUCUACAGCUGCAUCAUGUUUUCUCGUCAUGAGCUUGUUAUGCAGCUGCAUUAUUGGUGACCAAAUGGAGACUAAUAAUGAAGGCUUGUCUUACAGUUACUACGAGAAAACUUGUCCCAAAGUCGAAGAGAUAGUGAGAUCUUCACUUUCAUCAAUGUUUAUACUUGAUCCUACUUCUCCUGCAGCCUUGCUAAGGCUUAUGUUUCAUGACUGCCAAGUUCAGGUUCUCUACCUAUAGCCAAAUCCAUCUCUCAUUCUCUCUCUCUAUAAGAAAAUUCUCAAUUUUUGUUUCCAACUCAAUAUAGGGUUAAUUUGGUUUGAAAAGUGUUUAUAUAUUUCGGGAUUCGAAUUUAUACAUUUUGUGAAUAAACAUAUCCAUUAAUUAGAUAUGAUUACUCCGUCAAUACAUACGACAAAUUGGACGUUCCGCGUUCGUACAUGUUAUGUGGGAUGUGACGCAUCAAUCCUACUCGAGCCAAUUAGAGACCAACAGUUCACCGAGCUUGAUUCAGCCAAGAACUUCGGAAUCAGAAAGAGGGACCUGGUUGGCUCUAUCAAAACCUCACUAGAGCUUGAGUGUCCCAAGCAAGUCUCAUGCUCUGACGUCAUCAUCCUCGCCGCCAGAGACGCCGUGGCUCUCACGGGAGGCCCACUCAUCUCCGUGCCAUUAGGACGAAAAGACUCCCUCUCCACUCCAAGCAAACACGUGGCAGACUCUGAGCUUCCUCCCUCCACUGCUGACGUUGACACUACCUUAAGCCUAUUCGCUAACAAAGGCAUGACCAUCGAAGAGUCCGUGGCCAUCAUGGGUGCACAUACGAUAGGAGUCACACAUUGCAACAACGUAUUAUCGCGUUUCGAUAACGCAAACGCGACAAGCGAGAACAUGGAUCCACGUUUUCAAACGUUCUUGCGUGUUGCUUGUCCAGAGUUUUCUCCAACUUCUCAAGCUGCGGAAGCCACAUUUGUCCCCAACGAUCAAACUUCGGUGAUCUUCGAUACAGCUUAUUACGAUGAUGCCAUCGCGGGACGUGGCAAUCUUAGGAUUGACUCGGAGAUUGGAGCUGAUCCACGUACACGUCCAUUUGUGGAAGCGUUUGCAGCUGAUCAAGACCGUUUCUUCAACGCCUUCUCUUCCGCGUUUGUAAAAUUGUCGUCUUACAAAGUGUUAACCGGGAAUGAAGGAGUAAUUAGAAGCGUGUGUGACAAGGUUGAUUGAUGUAUAUUUAUAAUUAUCAAAUGUUAAAAAUAUUAAAAAAUAUAAUUAGUAUAAAAUUAAAAUAGCUUGAAGCAUAGUAACCGGACAUAGUAAAACCGGGUUACAAAAGAAUUAACCAUAAACAAUUUACCGUUCUCAAACACUCCUUGCCCAAAAUUCAUUGGAGAAUCAAUUUUCACCCCAUCGAU